AUUGAAACAAAUAAAUAAAUGCACAUUUUAAAGGGAAUGCACUGAAUGUAGGGUUUUUCUUCCCAAGUAGGAGAAAUGCAGAAGCAGUCAUGAAUACUGCUCACAUCACGACACAAACCUGGACUCAUGAAUGUUUCAGUACUUCUUCGGUAGUCAAGAGAAUUAAUAGAUAGAAUUACAAAGUGACAAAAAAGUAACCAGAGCCUAUUUGCUCCACUGACUCCCCUCAUCCUACCUAGGAACAACUGAGAGGAGCUGAAGAGAUCUUUGUGGUACAAGGCUCAUAAUGGCUGAACAAAGAUCUCGGUCUUUGUCUACUUCAGGUGAAGCUUUAUAUGAGAUUCUUGGCUUAGAAAAGGGGGUCACGCACGAUGAAAUUAAGAAGUGUUACAGAAAAUUGGCACUGAAGCACCAUCCAGACAAAAAUCCAGACAACCCUCAAGCAGCAGAAACAUUCAAAGAGAUCAACAAUGCUCAUGCAAUACUGAGUGACGUAUCCAAGAGGAAUAUAUAUGACAAAUAUGGCUCACUGGGGCUGUAUGUUGCAGAACAGUUUGGAGAAGAAAACGUUAAUGCAUACUUUAUGCUGUCAAGCUGGUGGGCAAAGGGUCUGUUUGCAAUCUGUGGGAUCCUGACUGGCUGCUAUUUUUGCUGCUGCCUUUGUUGCUGCUGUAAUUGCUGCUUUGGAAAGUGUAAACCCAGUCCACCUGGAGGGGAGGAUUAUGAAUGCUAUGUUUCACCAGAGGACCUCGAGGAACAGAUAAAGACAGAUAUGGAAUCAGAUGGAUAUACCCCAAUUGCAAUGCAGCCAAGAAAUUCAAAUGAAAAAACACAGCUGAUCGGAGACGGCCAUCGUACUUACCAGACAGACUCAUAAACCUCCACAGAUUUCACAGAGACAAUCCAUUACAAGAACGUGGGGGGUUUACUUGCACAGGCAGACAACAAACAGUGUCCAUUGUUGAUUGUACAUUUGCAUUUUAUGCAAUUAUUCUUUUCUUUGUACUAAUAAAAGCGUUCUGUGUUGGAAA